AUGAGAUCGGCGGCGACGAUCACCUUCAAAAACAUCGGUGACGAGGAGCGAGGUAGGCGGAAAAAGAAAAAAAUUGGGAUGAAUCAGCGGAAAAUCGAUAAAACACAAGUUUUUACAGAGGAAAAGCCGCCGGAGCAGCUGGAAGAAGAGCAAAAUGAGGGAAAUGUACGUUUUGAGAGUUUUUGAUACGAAAAAGUAUAAAAAUUUCUUGAAUUGUUUUCAGGAGGCGCCGAUUCUGCGUCCCGACAACGAGGCGAGGGAUCUUCCGUUGAACACAACGAGCGGCACACUCGGAAAUCUGACGUCCCGAGAGCCGCAGAACACGAAGGAGAAGCUCGGACAUCGGCGGAUCGACGAGCAAGGAGCUGUACGUUUUCUUAGAAUUUUCUAUGGUUCUCAUAGUAAAACAGUAAAACAAUCCCGCUGGUCUUCAUCGAUGUUCGAAAAAAUGCACAUUUUUUUCAAAAGAAAAAAAAAUCUUAGUUUUAAAAAAGAAUUUGCUAAACAAGUGUUUCAGUAAAGUUUCAGUAUAGCUAUUUUCUCAUUAAAACUGCAUUUUGCAGGUAUCCUACAAAAAAGUGCCCACAAAUGCGCUUAUGCAAGCGAUUCAACUGGGAAUUAGCAAUUCUAUAGGUAGAGCCUUUUAUUUUAUUUAUAAUAACAUUUAUAACUAUUUUAGGAAGUCUUGCAUCGCUUCCGAAUCGCGACGUUCUCCUCCAGGACUUUGAAAAAGUCGAUAUUGUCUCUUUUCCGGCGUAAGUAUUUGCUCCUUCUCUCUUUUGUUUGGUUGCCAAAAAUCGAAAAAUUGAGGCUCUAGUUUUCUUUCUAAUAUGAACAAAUUCCGGGGAAAACACGAAAAUUAUAGGGUUUUUGAAGCGGAAGUUUUCUUGUUUUCCCACAGGAAUGCAUUUUUCUACAAUCGCGCUCUGCCGCAAUCCCACGUGAAAGCGGUGCUUCGCGAAUCAGAACUAUUUUCAGUGCUAAUUGGUUCUGAUUCGGGAAGUUCCGAUUCGGGGGCAGCACCGUGAAAGGCCGGCCGCUACCGCGACUUUUUUUUUCCAAUUUAGCACUGCAUUCACGUGGUUUGCGGUAGCGAUUGCAGUCCCCAAAUUUGCUGACAAAGCAAAGAAGACGAUGAGAAGAACACGGCGGGUGGAGUUUUCUAGUCCCCCGGCCGCGAAUUUUGAAAAAAGUUUGCACGGAAAAGUACAGGAAUCAAUCUGAAAUUCAGUUCUGGUUGCAGCUCUGGCUCCUCGAUCACUCCGUCGCACUCGUUCGGCGAUUUCCGCUUCCGCACCUACGCGCCCAUCGCUUUCCGAUAUUUCCGAAAUCUUUUUCACAUCAAACCCGCCGAUUUUCUCGUAAGUUACAUUAUUCUCAACUUUUCUUGAAAUGAAUCAUUGUUCAGCGCUCAAUCUGCACGGAGCCACUGAAAGAGCUCUCGAACGCGGGCGCCUCCGGAUCGAUAUUCUACGUGUCGCAAGACGAUCAGUUCAUCAUAAAGACUGUGCAGCACAAAGAAGCCGACUUCCUCCAGAAACUCCUCCCCGGAUAUUAUAUGGUCCGUUCUUUUCAAAAAAUUUCCGUUUUCCGAAUACGGUCCGAUCUGUCUUGAUAAAACUUAAAAUAGGCCUUUUGCAGCCGUUGCAAAUUUAUAUUACAACUUUCUGCAGAAUCUCAACCAAAAUCCACGAACAUUGCUGCCUAAAUUCUUCGGACUCUUCUGUUAUCAGGUAUUUUUGAAAAACACAUGUGUUUUUACAUCAGAGCUCAAACAUUUUCACUUAUUCUACACAAAAACGCUUUGCAGAGUCUCGGGAAGAACAUCCGACUGUUGGUGAUGAAUAACUUGCUGCCGCAGACGGUGACAAUGCACGAAAAGUACGAUCUGAAAGGGUCGACGUACAAACGAAUGGCGAACAAGACGGAGCGGGCGAAACCGCAUCCGACACUCAAAGACCUCGAUUUCCUCGAAUGCCACAAAGACGGAAUUUUUAUCGAUCCGAUCGCGUUGGACGCACUGAUGAGAUCCAUUUCCAGAGACUGUUUGGUACGUUCGCUCAAAAUCACGUAUUCAAUUAUCAAUGAUAUGUAUUUUUGCAGGUGAUGGAAAGUUUCAAAAUCAUGGACUACUCGUUGCUCGUGGGCAUCCACAACGUCGAGUUGGGCAUCAGAGAACGCGCCGAGCAGAACGGAGAACUCGUGGCUCCGCCGCCUCCACCUUCGACUGCCGCAGCAUCUUCUUCCGGACAGCAGGCGAGCUCUUCGAAUUCCGGAGAAAAAUCCGAUGAGCACAAGGUUCUUUUUUUCGACUAAUGUUGGAAUUUUGGAAUUGAAAAAGAAGCGAGUUUCUGUUUGAAUGACGCGCCGCCGCCGCAAUCAAUCGCUACUCAAAAAUUGGAAAUUUCCUAGUGAGCCCGAGAUUUUCUUGCAUAUUUUGGUUGUUCUUUCCGAGGACAAGGAACACGUUCACGAAAAAAUUGGGAAGAUGAAACAGUAUUUGUUAGCCGGCGCGCCACCCUGAACCUGACUCAAAACUGGGUUCGAUAGUUUUCCAAAUUUGGGCGAGUUUGCGGUUCAACCGGGAAAAACAGGGGGCGAGGGAGAAGCGAUUGGCGUGCGAAAGGGCAGAGACGCAGGCGCGCAACUGUUUUGUUGUUGUUGUUCGCUGUUUCGCGCCUGCGUCUCUACCUUCUCGCACGCGAAUCGCUUCUCUCUCGCCCCCUGCUCUCUUUUGUAAGCAACUUGUCAAUCAACGCAAACCGAAUCGCUUUUCCAGGUUCUCCAGGAGAAGUUCAGCGUGUGGGAGGGAGACGGCGACGUGCCGCACGGCGGAGUGCCCGCCCGCAACUCCAACGGCGACCGCCUCGUUCUUUAUUUAGGUGAAUUCAAUUUUCGGUUAGAAAACUGGCGAUUUUUCCCAAUUUUUCCAGGUAUAAUUGACAUUCUUCAAAAUUAUCGUCUGCUCAAAAAAAUGGAGCACACGUGGAAGGCGAUUCUUCAUGAUGGAGUACGUCUGAUAAAAAUUAGAUUGUUUGGUUCAAAAAUUGUAAUUUUAGGACACAAUAUCCGUGCACCGGCCCAACUUUUACGCCUCCCGAUUUUUGAAUUUCAUGACCGAAAAGGUGUUCAAAAAAGGAACAGGUACGCACUUUUUUUUUCGUAUUUCUCUUUCUCACACUUUGUUCUUCCUAUCUCUUUCUCUAUUUUUCACUGAAAAAAAAACGAAAAAAUCAAUCGCUAAUAUCUAUCCAUUAUUUUGCUCUUUUCGAAUGAAAUCAAUUUCGACUUGGCUUGGUUUUUUCCCUAUUUUUUUUUCCUAAAAAUGUCCGAAACUCGAUCGAAAAUCCGUCCUGCAACUGCCCGAAAACCGUCUUCCCUCUGUCGAAAUUCCUGCAUUUUUGAGCCAAGAAUUGUGGCGUUUAGGCUGAAAUUUUUGAAAAAAAAUUUUUAACUUUUUUUUAACGCUUUCAGGCUGCUGACUUGAUGUAGAAAAGUGUGAUUUUUAGAUGAUUUAUUAAAAAUGUAUACAGCACCACAUUUCUCUAUCUGAUUGCUCCGUUUUCAGCACACUUUCCACACUCUCACUCUCUUUCUGCUCUCCUGAUUUUUUUUUCAAAAAUUUAGACUAUUGUUCGACCUAGUGUGAUUUUUUCAGGGCUGGGCAAAUUGUGGCCUGGACUUUUGAACCACUUGCAAUGAUCCGAUCGGGACCAAACUUCAUUACAAAUGAUUACAAGUGGUCCAAAAGCCUGAGCCGGCCUUUUGACCAGCCCUGAUUAAAAAUGAAUUUGAAAACUUCUACCCUCUCCACCUCUAACUUCUCCUGCUCCUUUCGAUUUCCUCCUAUUAUUUUCCCUUCUCACUCCCUCUCCCUCUCUCUCUCUCUCCCAAUUAACGAUUACAGCCGACGAAAAGAGAAGUGCGAAAUUUCGUACUCUGGUCCACAGUUAUCUCGGUGAAUUUUUUAUGUGUUUUGAGAAAUUUUGCAAAUCAACAUUUUCUCCAAAACUUUUGCUCAACAUUAGGUGUCGUUUCGUAUUUUCAAUCUAUUUUUAAUGGUAAAAAUUUAUGGAAAUUUUUCAAAAAAUCCCUGCUCCGUUCAAUUUUUCAAUUCUUUUUCGUUCAUUGGUGGUUUGUGAUUUGUCCCCGCGCACAUUUCGACCCGAGAAUGCUACUGCUCAAUGCUCACCGUGCAAUUGUCCCUUCUUCCGAACAAGUCUAUCCGCUCUGCCUGCUUUUUGAGAAAAUCCGCAUUUUCCUUGGUUACCCACAUUUUUCCCGGCAUGCUCACGAGAAAAACAAUGUAAUUUUUAACGGAAAUCUUUAAAGACCUGCAAUUUUUGGGAACGGUUUUUAGUUCUUCCAACUUUUCCCCCUAAUUUCCGCCGAUUUUCAGCGCUAAAACAGUCGCCGUCCCGCCGUCGCAUGCUGAAAGGAUCGAGUAACGACGAGGAGACGGUGCUGACGACGACGACGACGAUGGCAGGAGGAGGAGGAGGAGGAGGAGGAGGCCACCGGACGCACAGGGAAUCGGAGCGCGAGGGACUGAACAUGAGCGUGGGCGGCGAGGGCGCCAGCACUUCCGCCACGCCACGGGAACCGCAGGCGUUCGGCUCGCAGACGGCCCGCGAAUCCACGAGACUCUACAAUAGAGAGGCGCCGGCGAGCAAUGAGGAGAGGGGUACGAAUUGGAAAUCUGGGCUUUUCAAUAAUUUUCGGGGGCCCUGGCCACUUGCAAAAUUCCGAUACGACCCAAACUUUGCACGAGUAUCAGUCUUGGGCUCGAUUCCGAUCGAAUUUUCAGUUGGUUAGAUGUCUACGGGCGACAGGAGGUUGUGAAGCUGUAACUUUCCACACAAACCCUUAUAUCUACCUCUAACCUGGCUUGUUUUGAAGAACCGGGCCGUAGAGAAAGAAAAAAUUUAACAAUUUCCGAGCGUGAGAGAGUUUUGACUGCAGAAAUGGCUCCGAAAGUUUGGGUCCGAUCGGCAUUUUGCAAGUGGGCUAAAGACUCGGGCCCAGCCCAAGUGAAAACUGAUUUAAAAAAAUCCAAUGCUUCGAAUGAAGAAUGCGACUGAAAAUUGCUGAAAAGCCUGCAAAAUGUCUCAAAUUACUGGGAAAACAGCGAAGAGAGCAAAAAAGUUUAUUCUAUCCGUUUUGCAGCGAAUUCGGCGCGAGACCCGCCGUCGUCGAUGACGAGAGUGCCCCUGAGACGGUCGUAUCGUGAUGCCGGACAAGCGAUGUCUGUGGAGAAGAAGGAGAAAAAGGUGGGCACGAAAGCGCUUCCGGUAUUAUUGGUACCGAUGGCUGUAGGUCCACUCGUUGGAUCCUUCAGUUUCUUCGGAUUCUUUAGUCCGGAACGUCUUGGCGUCUGGCGUCUGUCUGCUUGAAAGAACGACAUAAACGCUUUUUUCCUCGUAAUCUAGUUUCUCAACAACAAAAAAAACGUUGCAGGUUGAACGGUUAUUCGCGCAGACGACGAAAAAGAACGGCGAGGAAAAGACGGUGACGGAAGAGCAAGAAACAGAGGAAAUAGUGAGUGAAGUGACGGGAACGCAGUGA